UUUAAAAUCUCGGCCGCCGUAUUAUUCGUAUUGCCGAGCACGGAAACUUUACAAGGCAAAAUGGCAUCGAAUGACGUGGAUGAACUAUUUGAAGUGAGAAAUUCCUUUUACAUUGGGAAUUUUCAACAUUGUAUCAAUGAGGCACAGACUCUUAACCCAACAUCAUCUGACCUUCGUAUAGAAAGAGAUGUGUUUCUUUACAGAGCAUAUGUUGCACAGGGUAAAUAUGGUUUAGUGCUGGAUGAGAUUCGUGGGUCAUCGCCACAAGAAUUACAAGCUGUGCGUAUUCUUGCUGACUACUUGCAAAAUUCUGCGAAAAGGGAAAGUAUAUUAAAACAGAUUGAAACUAAAUUGAAUGGCAGUGAUUUCAGUGAAUACUUCUUGUUAAUGGCUUCAAUUAUAUAUUUCCAUGAGCAGGAUACUGAUUCUGCGUUACGAUGUCUUUUUCAAUCCUCUGCACUUGAAUGUGCUGCACUUUCUGUACAAAUAUACAUCAGUAUGGACCGUCUAGAUUUGGCUAAAACUGAAAUCUCUAGAAUGCAGUCCAUGGAUGAGGAUGCUACAUUGACACAGUUAGCAAUGGCAUGGUUUAAUUUAGCAGUUGGUGGUGAAAAAUGCCAAGAUGCUUACUACAUCUUUCAAGAACUAGCAGAUAAAUACACUCCUACAGUGUUGCUACUUAAUGGACAGGCUGCUUGCUAUAUGAGAAUGGGGAAAUUCGAAGAUGCUGAAAGUCCUUUACAAGAGGCUUUAGAAAGGGAUAGCAACAAUCCUGACACAUUAAUAAAUAUGUCUGUUCUUGCACAACAUCUUGGUAAAGCCCCUGAGGUCAGUAACCGUUUUAUAUCUCAAAUUAAAGCUGGACACGCUCAGCAUCAGUUUAGCAAAGAAUACAAUGCAAAGGAGGAGGAUUUCAAUCGAAUUGUUUCUAAUUAUGCAGCAAGUAUCAAGGCUCAUUAGAAAGUUAUUUUUAUCUUUUGUAUAAACAAUUUUAUUUAUGGAAUAUUUCUGGGGAUUAACGAGGUAGUGUCUCGUGCUCUCUCAAUUCAUUCAUACAUACCUCUCAGUAGGUUAAUUGUUUGGGUUCAUCCACUCGUAAACACACUGCUUUAGAUCUGUGGACAAGGCAAUACCGAUGAUCUUCUUCUUCCAUUGAAUGUACAUUGACUUUUUCCAAUUUACAGGGGUAAAAAAUCAACAAUCCAUUCUUUAUUCAACAUAAAAUUGAUUUGUUUCGUGUUUUUAUGUAACAAAGGGAUUUCAGAUGAUUCAAUGUUAUUAAGAGUGUAGGAUAUUGAAUUAGUACAUGUAAAGCCAAAAGAUUGUAAAGAAUAAAGUUUAUAAAAUACA